CAACUGAAUCAAGUCCCUAGUUAACGGAGCUAGGGAAUUUUGUACCAAUAGAGUGCCUCCAACUCUAUUAUUUAUCUCAUUUUUAUUUCAACGUCAUUGACCGGCUCGUUUGCCCCAAUCUCAUCACGACAGGGAGAAAUUCUCAUUUUAAUUAAAACGACGCAGAGUACAGGGGUCUGAACCAUGAUUCAAUCAACAUUCCGGUGACACGACUGGUCUGGGGUAAUUAUAAAGAAUCUGGAGGGAGAGAUCAAUCACCAAAGUUUCGACCCACACAAGUCGCUCCAAAAAAUACGAGAAACAACACGUACACAAGGGAUAAUUGUCACCCUCUCCUCAACAUCCUCGCACAAUGGAUUUACCAAGAAAACCAGCAGAGGAGCUCAACAAAUUUCGUCACGCCCAGUACUUCAAGCGAAUAAUCCAGAUCAUGCCCUCGCAAAUGGCCUCGUACGACUCGAACCGCAUGAUGUUCGGCUUCUUCGCGAUUUCAGGCCUCGAUCUCCUGAACUGCCUGGACAUUCUCAAGGAGGAGGAGCGCCUGGGAGCAGUGGAGUGGAUCUACAGGCUUCAGGUGAAGGGGGCGGGGGCCAUGUCGGGCUUCCAGGCCUCCACAAUGCUUCCAGAUCAAACUCCAGACUAUCUCUGUGGCCAUUUGUCGAUGACUUACACUGCCCUCGCCACAUUGCUGGCACUUGGCGACGAUCUGUCGAGGGUCGACAAAAAGUCCAUCGUCGAGGGUAUGAGGAGUUGCCAGAACCCCGAUGGCUGCUUCAUCGCCAUGAUCACUGGCUCCGAGAGCGACAUGAGGUUUCUCUACUGUGCCUGCUGUAUCUGCGCUAUUUUGGACGACUGGAGUGGAUUGGAUAAAGACAGGGCUAUUGAUUAUAUCGUCAAGAGCAUUUCGUACGACGGCGCAAUGGGACAAGGUCCGGGCCUGGAGUCCCACGGAGGCUCCACCUUCUGCGCAGUUGCAAGUCUCCUCCUGAUGAAUGAACUCCACGGAGCCCUGAGUCUGGAGCAGUUGGAGAGGUUGAGACGGUGGUGUCUCAUGAGACAGAGUGAUGGCUUCCAAGGAAGGCCUGGCAAGCCUACCGACACUUGCUACAGCUUCUGGAUUGGUGCUACGCUGCAAAUGCUCGAUGUGCAGCAGUUUUCGGACGCUGAAAAGAAUCGGGAGUUUGUGCUGAGCACUCAGGACACUAGAAUCGGUGGAUUCGCCAAAUAUUAUGACACGAGGGCUGAUCCACUUCAUACUUAUUUAGGUCUCUCGGGGCUCAGUCUCCUGGGAGAACCCGGGCUCCAACCCUUGAAUGCGGCCCUCAACAUCUCCAGUCGUGCCUAUGCACACCUCAAGGAGCUCCAUAAAAAAUGGAACCAAUAGACAAUUAAUUAUAAACACAACUCAUAUCAACGUACAACCUCAGACGUGUGUCAAUUACAUACAAAUAAUAAUCAUGUUGAGGAUGGAAUCAAGUAUUAUGGAGUCGGCGAGUGAAUAUAUUGAUGAAUGGAUAAUUAAUCAGUGGAACAAUUGCCGAACAGAAAUGAAUAAACAUGCUUUGAUACACAACACAA